GAGCCACAAUGCGCCCCCUGCAUGACGACAACUUUAUGUCUUCUGUACAAGUACAGCAUAAUUCGCCACAGAACUGAAAUCAGGUCGAGUGUUUGUAAACUAUGGCUGACCCUCAUGCCGUUUAGAUAUGCGACACACAUAUUCUAAGUUUAUUCUCGUAUAAAAAGGAGUAAAUGAUGGAAUUUGAAAUAACGCGCACGAGGCCUUCGCUUUUUGGUGACAUUGCUCAUGGUCUGGGGUUCUGGACCGAUCGUUCAGCGGUGCAUGAGGCCGCAGCUCAGGGCAGAGCUGUGCAACUCCAAAAACUGAUUGAGAACGGAGCAUCGGUCAACAUUGUGGCUGUGGACUCGAUUACACCCCUGCAUGAGGCCUGUAUUCGGGGCCAGACACAGUGUGUGAAGCUGCUCCUGGAUGCUGGAGCUCAUGUUGAUGCUCGUAACAUAGACGGCAGCACUCCGUUGUGUGACGCCUGUGCUGCUGGGAGUCUGGAGUGUGUGAAGUUGUUGUUAGAACAUGGAGCCAUGGUAAAUCCUCCCCUCUUCACCUUCUCUCCCCUGCACGAGGCCUGCAUGGGCGGUAACUCUAAAUGUGUUCAGCUCAUGAUUGAUGAAGGUGCGUUGAUGGAAGCUCAUGACUGUCACUUCGGCACUCCUCUGCAUGUGGCGUGUGCAAGACAACAUCUCGACUGCGUCAAAGUUCUGCUCAACGCAGGUGCAAAUGUAAAUGCUGCUAAACUUCACGAGACCGCACUGCAUCACGCUGCCAAAGUGAAAAAUCUGGAACUAAUUGAGCUUUUGGUAGAAUCUGGGGGAAAUGUUUUCGCCCGAGACAACCUUGGAAAAAAGCCCAUUCAGUACACCAGAGACGGCUCAGCGCCCGCACUCUGCCUAGAGUUUUAUGAAUCCACUCCUCUCAGUCUUCAACAGUUGUGCAGAAUUGCUUUCAGAAAUGCCCUCGGGAAACAGGGGCUGGGGGUGUUGGCUCAACUGGGUCUCCCAAACCGAAUCAUCUGUUUCCUGUCUUAUUUACCAGCUCCUCCCCUGGAGCUCUUCCAGUCCUGACGAUCUGCUCUGCUUAAUAAUGGCCACGACAAUGACUGCAUUUAAGAAAAAGGGAGAUUUGUUAUUGUGAAGUACAGCUACUGUAACAGCUGCACUCAGUAUUUGUCACGUAUAUUCGAUAUUUUCCUGCUGUCACAGAAGUGAACCAGUCCAACAGAUGACAUGGACAUUUGGUAUGGAAGCAGUUUACUGCCAAAAUUCCUAGAAUAAUUGGACUUGGAAAGAAGCACUUUUCAUGGUAUUAUUUUCUGUGUUGCAUCACAUUUUGGUUGCUGACGCAUCUUACAAUGAGGCACAAUAAGACAAAAAAACAAAAACAAGAGUCCAAUCCAUAAUACUAGUUGUAUAUUCUAGUUGUAUAAUUAACUUUCUUAAUCUGCAUUGUGUGAUUUCAUUUAAGUUAUUAGAUUUGUAAAUACACUGUAUAUAAAAUAGUCUUAUUUGAAUUCAGUUUUAUAUGAAUAAUGCUAAUUGUGUAUAUCAUAGCUUAUUCUCAUUAACAAUUUGUAUAAAAUAUACAUGAAUAUAUUGUGCAAAUGCUUUAUAAAUGAAUGUUGUACAUAGAUUGUUUUAAAAAUGUUGUUUUGGUUUUACGUCUUUUGUGACUUAUUGAACAUAAUUGUAACAGAAAUUGUAAUUUGCACACUAUUACAGUUAUGUUUUACUUGACCUGUGGUGAGAAUUAACCAGACUUACUACUUGCAAGGACAUGACAGAAUUGGUAUUUAUUUAUUUUUUAGUCACUGCUAUAAAGUCUUAAUUUUGGUGUAGUUUGUGCAUACUAAUUAAAGUUUUUAUAUGUUUCUCUGCA